GGCAGCAGAUCCUCUGUGGAACCUGAGCUUCAUCGAGUGAGCUCCAGCUGCUGGUCGGUUGCUGUUCUGGUUGUGGUUUUGACGGCCCGAGUACUUAGAGACCAUAAAUUCACGUUUUUACGUCAGUCUUCAUCCACAAGCCAUCGCUUUGAAGUCAUGUUGCGUUUAAAGCAAGGAAUCCCAUUGAUUUUGCUGAUCGUUGGUACAUUGGCUGGAGCCUGUGUCCCAAAUGGUCUGGAUUUGAAGCUGCUGAAGGCAUUGACGACUGAUUUGAGCAAGAAUCAGGCUAUCGCCCCGUUCGUCAUGUCCACGCUGAUGACACAGGUCUGGCUGGGAGCCAGGGGCGACACCAGAAACGAGAUAACAUCAGUCCUAGACAUAAGGACAAAGAAGGGAUACAGCUUCUUGACGAGUUACAAACGUGCAAUCAGUGACCUAUCCCACGGUCCUAGUAACAUCACUACCGGUGUUUUUAACCGAAUUUACAUCAAGCAUGGCUUCAGCAUCAAGUCGGGAUUUAAAGAUCUGUUGCAAGAUUACUACUACGCUGACGUCAAGCAAUUCUCCUCGCCGGCGCAGGCGGCGAAGGAAAUAAACUCCGCCGUGGCCAAGGCAACGAAAAACCGCAUCAAGGAUCUUGUGUCAGCGGGCGCUCUGCAGCAAGCGGUCAUGGUCCUGAUCAGCGCAUUGUACUUCAAGGGCCUGUGGCUGACUCAGUUCAACAAGACUGUGACGGAGCCGUUCCUCACGGCCUCGGGGGAGGAGUCGGUCGACAUGAUGAAGCUCAACACCAGUGUGCCGUACGUGAAAAUGGCUGAAUUUGAUGCGAUCUGCCUGCCGUACACGGACAGAAGCUAUGGUAUGCUGAUCUUGCGUCCACUGACACGUGACAUGGCUGCCGUUUCACAUCUGAGGGACUCCCUGGACUCCCUCGAUGUCGCCAAUAUCAUGAAUAAGGUUCGUUCAUCGCCCGUUGAAAUCAGUAUGCCUCGUUUCAAGAUAGAAGCAGGUUACAAACUGAAGAAAACCAUAUCCCAGUUGGGAAUUCGAAAACUGUUCACAGCUCGUGCAGAUCUGGGUAACAUUGCCGAUAAGCCGCUGGCUGUCAGCGAAAUUAUCCACAAGGUGUUUAUGGAGGUGACGGAGAAAGGCACGGAAGCUGCAGGAGCCGGCGCCGUCAUUGUCGUUGGCACGGGCAGCGAGACACCUCCACCCGUCCAGUUCACUGCAGAUCGCCCCUUCUUUGUCAUUGUUUGUAACAAGAAACACAGGAUCAACCUGUUCUCUGCGUACGUGGCCUUACCAUAGUGAUGGUUAACUUGCUGCGCACAUUUAUAGGGCAAGUCGUCCUGGGCACAUUUGCCUUGUGUUGGGCAUUUGGGCAUGCUUUACGGGAAUAUAGUGAAGCCACUGCAUUUAACAGGGUCACGCAAAAAAUUGCGCAAAUUUUGCAAAUCGUUCGUGUGCUUUGGAGCUUUUCUGCCUAAUCUGAGCUGCAACAUUCGUACGAGAGUUUUCAAGUGAAUACUUAGAUGCCGGUAUUAUGGUCACUAUGCUGCAAAGUAUUUCAGGCAGAACUGCGUGAUUGGUCUUCUCAUCUUACACCGUAUCAGAGUGUAAGGAAAUAUAUCUCUAGACUAGUCCUUGUCCAUCUGCUAUUUGGGAGUCCUAUCUGAAUCUGUGUGAAAUACGGCGUUUUAUGUA